AUGAACGUCCUCGCGCUUAGCGGCGAGAGCGAUUUCCACAGCCGCGGUGCUGGAGGACAGUCUUACGCGGAAACAGUCAACGCGAACCCUACCUCUUCUAGCUCUCGCUCCUCGCCUCGAAUGGAAGUACACGAGACCAAUAACGCCGGUGAGUUCGUCGUCGCUCCUGCUGCAGCGGCCGGGGAGUCGGCGGUGCUUACCUUAGAGGAGCUCCUGGAUGGGCCUGCCAGUUGCCGAGGUUCCACCACUGAAGCGCCAGCACACUUGCCGGUUACCAAGUUUCUGACGACGCAACACAAUGACAGUGACGACAAGCAGAGGGAAGCGCCUGCUGCAGGUCCUGCGUAUGCAGAGAAGGCUGCCGCCGCAGCGGCUUCUACUGAGUACUCGAGGGAGACGACCGCCACUGCUGCGCUUCCUGCUGCGGCGAAUCUCGCCCCCCUCUCCUCGCCCUCCCGAGAAGCACUGUCGAGUGCGCGAGCCUCGAGCUCGCCUCUUCGAGACUCAGUGGCGGCGACCUCCGCGCACCUUUCUGCCCUCCUGGCAGAUGCAGGUAGUAGUGGAGUGUCUCUUUCGGUGCUCACCACAGCUCCUACAGACCCCCUCGUCGCAGGUGCGGCAGAAUCAGCCGCAUCGCAGUGGCACGAGGAGACGACCCCGUCGCAUGUUAAAGACAGCACCGCUGUCGGUCUGCAAGCGGCAGCAGCCGGCAGCGUCGCGGAGAAGUCUCCCAUUGCUAAAAGGCCAGCUACAAAAGCGGAGGAGUCACCAAGGGCACUGACGCGAGCUGCAUCCCUCUCCGCUGCGCGUGUGGCGCGGCAGGGCGUAGGUCAUGGGCACAACUCGUCCGCCGCGACACCGUCGAAGCGAGUAAGCAAGGGUAGAAGCGCCACGCCUGGGUGCGCCGCUGCGCUGCUGCGCGGCAUACUGGGCACUGCCACGCCUGCGGAUCGAGCGGCGGCUGAUGCGCGCAAGAACAGGGCGGUCUCCACAGCACCACCUCCAAUAUCCACGCUUGACUUGCCUGUCGGGCUGCUCCUCCUGUACUGCGCCGCCGAGGAGACGUGCACUGCGCUGGAAGGCGGCGCAACUUCGUCGACCGCCUCCGCCUUGGCCCACUCGCUGCUUUACAUUCUGGAGCAGAUCUCCGACUUACGGCGCCGCGAUCACCGGCAAGCGGCACUAAAGCAGGCCAGCGAGCUGGAGCGUGCGAAAUGCGAGGAGCUCUACGAAGCGGCGGAAAAGAAGCGCGCUUUGGCCGCGGCCCAACGAACCGCGCACGCACAGGCGGUUGAACAGGAGGAGCUUGGCGCCUGUACGUUCCGCCCAGCUGUGUCGAAGAUGGCGCGGCGUAUGGAGGCGAAGGGCGUGAAGAACUUUAUGGAGAAGUGUAUGAUGUGGAAGGCGGAGGCGGAUCGCCGGCUGCGCCAGAGGUGCGAUCACCUUGCUGAGGUGGAAGCGGAGCAGCGGGCUGCGGCCGCAGCGCAGAGCGGCAUGUUGACACCUGGCAAGGCGGUCACGAAGGGAAGUCGACGCCUACUGGCACAGCCGAGCGUACAAGAGCGACUCAAGUCCCGACCGCGCUUGUGGGAGGUGAAGCGGCCAAGUGAGGGUCCGCAGGAGGGUGGGGUGCAUGUGCUUGUGCCCGCACAUGUGCUAGCCGACACCGCAACAUCGUCUCCGCGGCUGGUCGGCGCACCGAUCACUUCCUCGACAGCGGAGGAGCAGGAGGCUGUCUUGCGCGAGUUGCGCCGGCCCGGCACGGAGGCAGGAGCGUCAGACGAUCUACCGCUGCAGCUGCCGCAGAACACGUCUACUUCUCGCGUGUCCAAAAACAGUGAGGGCACCGUGAAGGGGUUCCUGAGCCGUGUCGAGCAGGAUGCGGAGCGUCGCGAACAGACCGUGGCGAAGCUGCAGGCACGCUACCACAACCCCGACGCGGAACUCUUUGAGGGUGGAACAGGGCGGCCGUUUUUUUGCCCCAACGCGAUGCCGAUGGUGUGGAAGGAUGGGCACCGCGUAAGCUACGACGAUCUGCCCAAGGAGAAGCAGAGAGACUUUCGUGCAGAGCUGCGCCGAGCCGGGCUCGACUUUGUGCUGGCGCAUUACCUGCGAGAGCGGCAGAGAGAGAAACGACAGAACGUCACCGGCAGCGGCCGGGGGUCGUCGGUAGCGGCGCAGGGCGAUGGCGCCGACGUCGGUGAGGGUAGCACGGCACCUCGGCACUCCAUCUCGUCGCAGUCGCAUGGACACGCCCUGACAGUGGCGCGUCAGGCGCGCUUCAUGGCGUCGCUUGAGGCGGCGCUGGCUCGCAAGCAGAAGAGCUGGGAGCGCCUGCGAGCUCAGGCGACGGCGGAGGAAACCUUCCACCCGAAAAUCACCAAGCGUUCAGAGAGGAUGGCGCUUCACAAGACAGGUGGUACACCUAUCUAUGAGCGCCCAACGGAGCUCAGGAGGGGGUCCAGCGCGGAAGGUGCUCGGUCGGAGAAGUCGCAGGGGCAGCCCUCUUCUGCUGUUCACAAAGAUCGGCCGCUGCCCGAGGUGGCGCAGGUCUUUCUCGACCGAAGCGGUAAGUGGAUGGAGUCACGGCAGCGGCGGCUGCAGCAUCUCGCAGAGAUGGAGGAGGAGCGGCGCCGCGCUGAGUGCACCUUCACCCCGAAUCGCUACUUCGGGGACGCGUGCGAGAAGACAGAGGUUUCUCGCGGCAUGGAGGUGAGUCGGACGGGUGCGUCGUCGGAUACGGACGCACUAGUGGGGCCAGACGCGGCUGGUGGCGAUGCCGAAGGCUGCCGAGACACUUCUCAGUCUCGCGUGCUGCUGCAGGAUCUGAUGGCAUCGGCAGCUGACGUGCGCGUGAUAAAUGAGCUGGAGCUGCUCCGCACCGGUGCCGCCUACCGCGAUGCACGCUUUGUUCAGGCCGUUUGCGACCAAAGCGGGCUGACCGACGCGAGGCGAGCCAUGGCAAACCUGUCUCUCCAGUCUGCACCGCGCCUCACCAGAAGCCGCAAGGACGCGUGGGAAGCAUCGAGACCGCCUCACCAGUCUUCCGCGACUCUGUUCCAGUCGCCCCUCUCCCCUAUUCCCCAGAGAUCCAACCGUCCAUCUGCCUCGCCAUACACGCUGCCGCGCCGGGACACCACAUCGUUCUCGUCCUUCCACGAAAGCGCGCCGAAGUCGGUGCCAACGCUGUCGCAAGGCGAGUCGGCGCAGACGCCGAUGCCUCGCUCCGUAGCCAGGGACGCUACAGCGGCUCGCUCUGGCGUUCGCGAUUUCACACUGAGUGUUCCACCCGUGGAGGACCCGUGGGCGGCGCUCGACGCGCAGACCGACGCUAUCCUCAAGCGUUAUGGGCGCUAA